UGAAUGAAUGAGUACUCUGACCACUCUGGCCAUUCCUCAGAGAGCAGCUCUCAGUCACCUGGGGUCGAAUCAGUGAAAGACUGAGAGAGAAAAGAGCAAUCAAACACAAAUUAGGGGAAAACUUAUUUUUUGGGCCUGGCGUGCUGUUAAGUCAUUCAAGAGAAGAUAUCGUGUUAAACAUACAGACACACACAGUACUACAGACAUGAUUGUAACCGAUGGACUGAUACCCGCGUUGAAUAGGCUAUGUUACUGUGGACUGGGAAACUAAAUAAGGCGUGAUCUUUCACUUGUCCAUUUAAAGUGACAUUCAUGCGCGCACAGGUGAGUUCCACUUGGCAAAUGCUGACACCGACCUCUGUCUAGAAAGAGUCUGCUACCAUCAACAGAGGAGUGGCUGUUGUAAUACUAUCCCUUAGUUCGUCUGAUUUCCCAAGGACGAAGAAGGGAGAAAUAAAACGAACUGGAGUUCGACUUGGUUAUUGCUUGCCUGAAGAGAAAUAGUACAAUUUUAAGAAUAUCAACGGUGUUUUUUCGCUUGGGACUCUUGGGAAAUGUCAGUCUUCAACAACGUCGAAUUUCGCCGCACUUUUUUUGGACUACUUCUGAUUUUCAUAGUUAGAGAGUGUGAGCCAUCAGUCAAGCCUACUGGCCCCUCAUUGGUCAAAGCCCUGGUUGGCACAAAUCUGACCCUUGGCAUUACCUACACUGUAACAGAACCACAGGUGUCCUGGUGGAAAGAUGGCAUCUCCAUUGCCACUAGGACUGUUGACAAUGGCGUGCCUCCCCAAAUCGAUCCUCAGUAUAAAGAUGUUCUGGUGCUGAAGGAGGAUGGGUCUCUGUCAUUCAGCAAUGUGACCCUUGAGUACAGUGGAAUCUAUAACGUCAUUGUGGUGAAGGUGGGGGCAGGGCAGGGUGAAGCCUCAUUCACCCUCAUGGUUUACGACAUAAUUGAAGGAGUCUCAUUGCAUGCAUGGCCAAACAAUGCUGUUGAAGGCAGUGGAAACUUCACUUUGUAUUACACAACCUUUAAAGGAGAGGCUGAAGAGGUGCAGUGGUUUCUCAAUGGGAAAGAACUACAGAAUGGUCCUCACUACUCAAUGAGUGGGAAGAACCUUUCCAUCAUUCAGCCAAACCGAAAAGACACAGGCCUCUACAACGUCGCCCUUGAGAACCCGUUCAGCUUCAGAACCUUCGAAAGAAACGUCACUGUUUUGUAUGGGCCAGACCAGCCCGCGCUGGAUGUACGUCCAACAAAAGACUUCUUUGUUGUGGGGGAGUCUCUGUCGCUCUCCUGCGGGGCACGAGGGGAGCCCUUGCCCUCCGUGUCCUGGGCUUUCAUGGGACAGGCCGUUCCCGGUUCCCAGCCAGGGACGCUUCGCAUCACCAAUGCCCAGACCAACCAGAGCGGAGAUUACACCUGCCUGCUGAAGAACGACAAAACUGGAGCACAGCUGAACAUGAGUGUCACUGUUAACAUCUAUGAGAGCCCUGCGGGCGGCCCUGCGUGUUCCGUUCACGCCGUGGAUGGGAGCUCGGCGCUGCGCUACCGCUGCUGGUGGCCAGGGGGCACCCCUGAGGCACAGCUGUCUUUCCCAGAUUUGAGCACUGCCAGCACUGCGGUCGGGGAGCUCAACGUGACCGUGGAUGACCCCCGGAGCUUAGAUGGGAAGGAGGUGUCGUGCCUCAUCCACCACCCUGUUCACCAGAGCCAGUGCAAUAUCACUGCACGCAGAACAGCAGGUUUUCUUCCCUCUGUGUCAGCCACAGUGAAUGACAAUGGGAAGCUGGUGGCGAGCAUCAGAUGUCUCGCUGAAGCCGUGCCCGACGCCACAGUGACCUGGGCCAGGUCUGGGCAGAAUGUGAGCUCUCUGAGUGGCCAUGAGAUCAGCGAUGACACCACCUGGCUCCACAUUGUCAACUUCAACAUCAGUACCGCUGGCCUUCACACCUACAAAUGCACUGCUGUUAACCCUUUAGGCAGCCAAAGUAGAGAUACCAAACUAUCAGGUCCUGCCAUUUCAGAAGUAAGUCUUUUCCCAAACGAGGAAGGAACAGUAAUUACACUCACUUGGGAGGUUCCAUCUACAGCUAUAGUAACAGGUUUUGAUAUCCAGAUGAAGGGGCCUGACCUUUCUGACCCGUCCACCAACAAAACUGUUAGCCACAGCGGCCGAGCAAAGAAGGGUUACGGCACCAUCCAGGUGAAGGGCGCCUCCUCAAGAAGCGCAGACAUCUCAGGACUGGACCCCAAAUUAAGAUACCUCUUUCGGGUCGUCCCCAUAGCAGGCAGACGUGCUGGGCAGCCAUCAGAGGAGGUGGUCACUGGGCCAGGUGGGGGCCUGAGUGGACCAGCCAUCGCUGGCCUUGCGGCUGGGAUUCCCUGCGGUCUACUGGUCCUGCUGAUCCUCUGCCUUGUCUUCCCCUGUGUCUUUUACCACAAGAAGAGAAAGAGGGAAGCAAGAUAUCCUGUUUCCAGGGCAGUGGAGAAGGCUGUGACAACCCUCACCUUACCCCACCUACUUUUAACAGGUGGUUUGAAAAUGCCACCAGACUACAGCCUCCACCAGCCUCCUGCCGCUGGGCGCUCUGGCCCCCUGCCCUUUGAGGUUCCCCCUGUGAGGAUGGCUACCACUGUAUGAAACAGACUGGCUUUCUUUUCUGCUUUUUAUAGUGAUUUUUUUAAAACAAUAUUUUACAAAGGCUUUUGCAAUAUUUAUGCUUCAUAUUUAUGUUGACAUUGGUUUUGUACCGCUUAGAAGCCACAUAGGAGCUCAACAUGCAAGGUUAUAAUCUGUGUGAUUGGAUGCAAAACCUCAACAUGCAAGGUUAUAAUCUGUGUGAUUGGAUGCAAAACCUCAAAAUGCAAGGUUAUAAUCUGUGUGAUUGGAUGCAAAACUUCCAGGGCUUUUUAGAUGCCAAACCAGACAUGCCUCUCUGGCGGUGUGCUCGUCAUUGUGACUAUGACAUGUUUUAUGUUCGUGUUUACUAUCUGAUUUUUGAUUCAUUUUAAUCUUAAAAGUAUGUAAAUAUAUUCAUAUGUGCAAAAAUAAAUUUUAUGACCAGUAAAA